AGCUUUCUGGGCGUGGGGAAUCCGUUCGCGGCGCGCAGUUGAAGCUGUACGUCGGCAGCCGAAAGUGGCUGACUUGGUGCGCUUGUUUGCGCUCAACUUCUGGACGAUUAAAUAUCAAUAGCAUUUAUAGUUUUGUGUGCACGGCCAACUUUUGCGAGCUGGGAAGAGUAAUUGAUACAUGCCAAAAUGCAGCAGGACCAGCUGAGGUGGACUCGAUGGUUGGUGAUAGUUUUGGCAUCGAUUGGCCAGUGUUUGUCACAGGCAGUGGCCGCAAAUGGCACCGAUUUGGGGACAAACGCCACAACGGAGGUGGAAGCUUCACUUGGUGCCGAUUCGUCGGGGCUGUUGUCCAGAAAGAAGAGAUUCGUCGUUUUUCCAGAAGGUGCAAGUUUUUCGGUUGCGGUGUGCAUGACGGUCGGAGUGUACGGCAAUCCCAACUACCAGAUGUUCAGUUGGGCGUUGAACUGGGGCAUCGCGUACAACUUGCCGAACCAGACCCUGACCUACCAGCAGGACCUGAUGAUGCCGAAGCCGAUGGCCCAGCGCAGAAACCGCCGGGAUCUGUACCACAAGCUGGAAGUGGCCAUGAAUAGCAUGGGUUACGACGGUCGCAACUGUAUCCUGAGGGCGCUGUGCGAAAGUUCGCAGUACUUUGGCCGCAAGGGAACCAACAUGGUCGCGGAGAUGCUCCGGUCGCUGUUCAGCUUUCCCAAGUCGAAGGUGCUGUCGAUGGAGCACGAGGAUACGCGCAUCUACGACGCGGCCCACCGGAAGGGCAAAAACCGGGUGAUGUGUCAGUCGUUGUACCCGGAGUGCGGGUUUUCGCUGCUCGAGCUGGGCCUCGGCAAGUACGCUAGCCCGUACAGCUUUAUGUGAUUGAGACUGAAAUAAAUGGUGUUUUAUAGAA